UUACACACACAUGUAUAUAUAUAAACACACACUAAUUGCAAAUUCUAAAUCGUGGGGUGUCCAUUAAUUGUGUAUCAAAAUAUGAUGAAACUUAAUACACAUGGAGUGCAUGGUGAUCAUCAUGCUCUUGAUGAUGGUUCUCAAAUGUUUGGAGGACUUUUGAUGAAAGAUUCUAAAAUCUUUGGAGGCACAAAAUUCAUGAAGAUCAUACAAGAAGAAGAAUGCAAAUCAUCGAGCAGUUCAUCGAUAGGAAACAAUAGCGAUGAUGAUGAAAAACACGAGGAUGAUGAUGCUCAAAGUCCUUACAAAUAUGUUCACACCAAUGACAACAAUAAGAAGAUGAGUAAUGGAUCUUUUGAUGAUGCGGUUCAAGCUCUCGAAGAAGCACUUCCAAUCAGAAGAGGAAUAUCCACAUUUUACAAUGGGAAAUCAAAAUCCUUUACAUGUUUAGCGGAUGUCUCGCCUUCAUCUACACCAUCCAUACAAGACAUCGCGAAACCAGAAAACGCCUACACAAGAAAAAGAAGAAAUCUUCUCGCAUCCACUCUUUUGUCAUCCAAGAGCAAGAAUCAUGGUUUUGAACUAUCAAAUAUCUACACCGGACGGAUAUCAAAGAAACUGAAAACCACUACAUUGUGCUUUGCCGCAGAAAGUGAUGAGCCCAACUUAAACAAACAUGCCACACAACCACGACUCUAUAAGCCAUUGUUGUUGAAAAAGCAGAAUCUUUCUUCCUUGAGAUCAUUUUCAAUGGUUAACUUGCAUGCUUGCAACUCUAGACUUGGCUUAAAAUCAACCGAGAUCGAAAAUUGUUAGGUUGGAAGUGAGGGGUACAAUGCAUAGACAGUAGGUAAUGUAGUAGAAAAGGGGGAAAAGGAGAAAAUAUGAAUGUGAUAUUUGUUUUUUUUUAUUUUAAAAAAAGGAAAUUAAAAUGUUUGUUUGGUUAA